CGUUAAACUUCGAAGUUUAAUAUCGAACUUUCGGCUCUGUUUAGUUUGUUUGGUUGAUAAAAAAUUGACGAUAAUCAAUUACUUGAGUUAUCGCGUCGAUCUGCUGCAUAUGUGUGAUUUUUUAUUUAAUUAGCGAUGAAAUUAAAUGAAUUGCUUGAAAUUGUAUGAUAUUCUAUCAUGAUUAAACGCUGUGCGAACGAUUUACGAUUCUAACCUCCUUCAUAGUAGAUCUAACUUCUAACCGUUUACAGUUUAAAGAGUAUUUUUCUACGUUUUCCAUUCUUAAAAUAAGACAGUCGCAUGUAGAUACCGAGUAUUGAAGAAAAAUUAAGAGGCGAAAGACAAGCCGUAGUCGGUAGUUCGCCAAAAAGCGAACCUAUAAUAUAUUGUCGUCUGCUACGAGAUGCACCGUAACCCUUCCCAAAAAUGGCUCAAGUAUUGAACAGAUCACUGAUCAACAGGCGUAUUUAUUUUCUGUUGAACAACAGUAAAAGAUUCGCCGGUCAUAGCAAAUGGGCGAAUAUAAAGCAUAUAAAGGAGGAAAAUGAUAAUAAACGAAUGGUACUAUUUCAUCACCUGAAGCUACAAAUGACAAUUGCAAUACAGGAGAACGGCAGUGCGAAGCCUAGUAAUAAUUCGAAAUUGGCACAACUCAUCGAACGAGCUAAGAAGGCGAACAUGCCUGCGGCAUCGAUAAAGUCUUUUCUCGAGAAAAUGGAGGCACGCAAGAACAAGACUCAGACAGGUGUGCUAGAAGUUCGUGGACCAAGUGGUUACGUCAUGCUCGUACGUUAUACAACGGAUAAUCCCAAGACGUUCGCAAUUCAGCUGAAUAUAAAACUUAAAAAGACCAAAGGAAAAGCUACAGAUACCUCUGCGAAAAACGCAUUUACUCAUGCCGGCAGUAUAAUAGUCGAAAAAAAAGAUAAUUUGGAACAAGCUAUGGAGGAUGCCAUUAACAUAGGUGCAGAAGACGUGGAACAAUUCGAAGAGAACGAUACAGAAUAUUUCCAGUUUAGAUGUGAUCCAAAGCUCUUAAGCAAAAUAAAAAACUUGUUAGAAGAUCACCAAUAUUGUGUACUUUCAGCGGAAGAGGAUUAUAUACCACGAAUUGUAAUAAAAUUAAAUGAAUCAGAUUUGGAAGAGGUUUCUCGUAUUCGCGAGGCAGUUUUAAGCUUAGAAGAUGUCAGUCACAUACAUGAUAAUUUAGCAUAAUUUAUGAUAUGAGAGAUAAAUGUAUAUAAGAUUUCAAUUGUACAUUUUACACAAUAAUUAUGAUUAAAAAAUUUAUUCAAAAAA